AUUUUUUAUUUUUUAAAGAAUUGUACUUUAACCGCCAUCAAAAUGUAAUUUCUAGUUGAAGGGCAUCAAAACAAAGCUGUUAGAUGUAAAUAAAUUUUGCAUUGGAAGCAAGGAAGUUGCGAGGACAUGAAUUAUUAGUAAGAAAUCUGUAAAACAUUGAUCGCAAUGUUGCUAGACGAUUCACUUGAAAUUGAUGAGAUUCCAGCAUCAGCAUCAGAUGCAGAAUUAGUUCCAAUGAUAAAGUUGCAAGAUGUGCAACUUUCUAACAUUUGGAUUCCAUCAGAGCUUCUUCUAAACAGACAAUUUUUUUCUCAAAUUUCUUCAAAUGUGCAUCAAUCUGCCAUUUCCCGUACAUUAGUAAAACAUAAUGUAGUUGACAGCCUUUCCAUUUACAAUGAUGCUGGAAUACAGAAAAGUAUCUUUCAUAGCAGUGAAAAGUUGUUAGAUUCUUUAGAGCAAUUGCCACCUAACUAUCUAGACACUGAACAAACACAUUUGCAAGAAGCUAAUGAGGGUGAAACAUAUUCUUGUUCUUUUAGUUGCUUGAAUACAGAUAACAGUGAAUUUGCUCUGGAUAUUAGCAAAGUAAAAAAUGAUUCAUGUUCUGAAGAGAAAUUUGAUAGUCCAGAUAAUAGUAUUGCUGAUUACCUAGAGCAUCUGAAUAUAAGUGAUGAUGAAGAGGAAAAUUCUGUGGUUGGAAUUAUUAAUGAUCCCGGUGAAUCCGAAACUCCUAUAAGUACUCUUGAUUAUUUAAGUGAUAAAAAAGUGUUGGAAUCUUGUGAUGUCGAAAUUUCAACAAAAUCAGCAUGUAAUGUGCCAGUGGAAACAGAUAUUUGCCCUUUAAAUGAUGAAGAAGUUCAAGAUUCUGUCAGAGUGUCUUUUUCUAGCCCUGAUCAAAUGGAAGAUCUAUUUGAAGUGAGUGAAAAACUCUGGAACGAUCUUAAGCUAAAUAAUGAAAAUAGUUCUGUAGGAAUUGAAAACAUAAUUUUUUCAAAUCAAACUGGAGGAACUCGUGACACAGUUGAAGGCACUAUUCCAGGUCAAAGUUCAGAACUUUCUGAGAAUCCAAGUGAUUUGAGUAAUAUAAAAAAUCCUCCUGAAGAGGUUCAUCUUUUUCCUUUUGUGUUGCAAAAAUCCAAAGAUGAGUGUCUUUCUACUGUUGUCAACAGUGGUAAAAGUAAUAAAAAGGAGAAGAGAGUUAAAAAGAAAGCUUCAAAGAAAAUACCUUUGGAUAAUUUUUUCCUCAGUAACAAAGAAGCUGCUGAUUCAGAUUCAGGGUACUUAGCCUUUUGUGAAAGUUUACGUCAAAAAAAUAGUUAUGGGGAUACUUUUGAAAACAAUGAACUCAGUUCUCAUUUCCCUUAUGCAACUGAGUUGAAUGCAAAACAUAAACCUGAAUGUCCAGAUAGUUUUUCGAAUUGUGUAACAAACUCAAUAUCUGAUUCUUCACCUCCAGUUAACUGUAGUGCUGAUUCAACUUCAAUAGACCACAACUUAACAAAAUAUGUUAUAGAAAAUAUACCUUCUUUUGUUAAUGGAAAUAUGUUGCAGAACCUUAUUGCUACAUUUGGGGACAUCAUUAUCAAAAAUAUUGUAAUGAAAAUGUCUGGAAAAACUAAAAAAGCUCUAAUAGAGGUAAGCUUGGAAGAUCCAAAUUGGCUAAUUGAGUGUCUACAUGAAAGUCAACCAUUUGGAGCUUCUGAUGAAUGUUUGAAAUGUUAUCAGAUAUUAUAAUGCCUGAAAGAAACCUUCUAAAUCUAUAUUCUCAACUCAAGCAAGAUGAAGUUUAUUGUUUAAUAUUUACUUUACAACCCAAAAUUCUCAUUUCUAAGUAAAUUAAGUUUCCUUAUUAUACAAGACUAAUCAACCUUUAUUAUUAAAAUGUUUAGAUAUUUCAUUAUUAAUAAUGCUUUUAUUAAAUAGAGAAAAAAAAAACUUUUUUUAUGGUAUUAAAUUUUGUUCAAGCAAUUUGUUGGCUGAUAAAACUUACGGAAAUUAUUUUAGCAAAUUUGAUUGCUAUUUAAGGAUCGUUUUUACAUUAAGCUAUGGAAAUGAAGAUUUAUUUUUAUUUGAAUGACUAAAAAUAUUUUUACUUAAUCAAGACGACUUAAGUUUUAAUCGUAUUGAAAUUUUUUAUAUUUAAAGUGUUUUAUGUAAAAAUAUUUUAAAAACUGCGUGUUACAUAUUUAUUGAAAAAAAAUUUUUAUUUGUUAUCUUAAGAAGUCUUUAUAAAGUUUUCUCCUUUGACGAUUGUAAUUUUUACAAAGAUUAAAAUUAAAUAAAUGGGAAUAACUACAGUUAAUAGCUUAUAACAAAAUUGAUAGAAUCAAUGUAUUUAAUUAUGACAUAAGUAAAAGUUAUCAAACUAUUUUGUUCUGCAUUUAUCUUAUCUGUUCUAUUAGUUGCAUUGUAUUAUGUAAAUCCUAGAUCACUAUGUCAACAUUAAAUCGAAAGAAACAUUAAUCCAAAAUAAAUGUCUAGGGAGUAAGUGACUUAUUAUGAAACUUCAUCAAAUAGAAAAAGGAAAAGGAUUCCUUUUCAAAUAUUCCCUGAUGUAUUUUUAUAAUAAUCAACUGAAUUUUGUUUAAAUAGGAAUAAAUUAAUUGCCAUUACAAAAAUAAAAUUCUAAUACAAUGCUCAUAAGAUUUUUAAAAAAAAUAUGUACAUAUAUGUUAAUUGCUUCUUUUAUUUAUGGAAUUUGACUAAAAUUAUUAAUUUGUUUGAAAAAAGUAAUGAACUAUUGUUGUAUUAUAUUUACUAAUAAUGUGUAUGUUAUUGUUUGCAUGGCUUAUAAUUUUUGUUUUGAUAUUAAUAUGUAUGAUACCUUAAUAGAAAGAGAGUUAAUACAAAUGAUCCAGUUAUAAUAUUUAAUUCAAAGCUGUAUGUAACAUGUUUAGAAUGUAUAUUAAAGUGGCUGAAUCAAUGCAUUUAAAAAAAAAUAUUAUUUUUAACUAUCUCUGCCUAAAAUGAACUGUGAAAAAUUGAAUUUUGAAUAUAGCUGUUUUCAGCUUGUGAUUGACUUGUGAUAGAAGUUUUAUAAAUACUUUAAAUUGCUAUAUAUAUUUUAGUAAUUAUUUUUAAUAAAUAUUAUUGUUCCUUAUGAUGAUAUAUUUAAAAAAUUUGUUUCAAACAUUGUUUGGGGAUACAAAAUAGUUUUCAAUUUUAAUCUGAUUUUUUACUGAUUUCUUCCACUACCAUCUUUUCAGUUGUAAAAUUAAUGUAGUUUGGAAAUACAAUUUAUCAUUUUUUUUAUUCACUAUGAUUACAUUUUUUUCCUUUCAAAUUCUGAGUAAUUAACAAAACAUACAUUUAUAUAUCCUUUUAAAUUAAAGAUUAUUUUUUUCAAUAUGGAUAAAUUUAUAUUUCAAUAGCAUUGUUUCCUUGGGUACAAACUGAUUCUUUUAAAUAUCAUUUCAUUAUUUUUAGUAACUUAUUUCACUCCUCUUUUAUAUUCAAUUUAUUUGUGACCCUUUAAAACGGAAUUUGUAUCCAUAAUGAUAUCCUGCCAUAUAAUGUAUAAAUAUUUAAAAAAAAGUAUUUUUAAACAUGUUUGUUACAUUUUUAACAACACUAUUUGAAAAAAAUAAAGAUGCUUCGAGUCUGA